AUGAAUACUAGAACACCUACAACUAUUUACGAGGGUGUACCAACUGCACCAAACGAUCUUGCAACAUUGAAAACAAUGGUUGCCAGAAAAUAUCAGAAUUUAAUCGAGAGAACUAUUAGUUUUAUUGUACAGAGAUGGGUUGCUCUUGGUGUAUUGUUUUUGAUUUAUUUACUUAGAAUCUAUUUCCAUGGUGGAUUCUAUGUGAUUACAUAUGCACUCGGUAUCUUUUUAUUGACACAGGUUAUUGCUUUUCUUUCACCAAAGUGGGAUCCAGAGUCACAGGAUGACGGUAUGGCUCUUCCAAUGAAGGGUGACGACGAAGCCAAACCAUUCGUUCGUAGAUUACCAGAGUUUUUAUUUUGGCACUCAAUUCUUAAAGCAAUAGUUAUCAGUAUUUUCUGUACUUUUAUUCCAUUUUUGGAUCUCCCAGUAUUCUGGCCAAUUCUUUUGAUCUACUUUAUCAUUUUAUUCACCAUCACCAUGAGAAAUCAAAUCAGACACAUGAUCAAACACAAAUACAUUCCAUUCACCGUAGGAAAGAAAGUUUAUAAUACAAGAGAUUAA